AAAAUACAAGAUGGCGGAGAGUGCGGAACUGAAGUACAUCCAGAAGCAGGAACAGGUUUAUUGUCAAGACGGAAUUCAAACAGGAGGUUUUGAAGAGUUGCUGCAUCAUAAAAAAGAGACCAAGAUGAUUAAAGCCAUGCAGAGACAGGACACGGAGACCUGUGCGUUUCAUGAGGCCAACAUCCGCCUCGGAGCAGCUGCUCUAGUGGCCUGAGCUUGAGCAAAUGGUGAUGAGCCUGCGAGUGUCGGAGCUGCAGGUUCUGUUGGGCUACGCCGGACGCAACAAGCACGGACGCAAGCACGAGCUCCUGACCAAGGCCCUGCACCUGCUGAAGGCCGGCUGCAGCCCCGCCGUGCACAUGAAGAUCAAAGAGCUAUACCGCCGCCGCUUCCCCGCCAAGAUGGUGUCUCACUCAGAGCUGGUUCUGCCGGGCCAUCACCCGGCCUCAGCCGGAGGCGGGGGAGCGGUGCUGCCAGCAGGCCUGGCGCAGCUGGCGUACGAAGGCCACGCGGGUCACGGCGGGGCCCCGUCGCCUGCUGCCUUACUGCCACUGUCGCUGCUGGGCACAGGGAAGCACGAGCUGACGGCGCUGACCCACCACCUGCCGGGCUCGGGCUCACUGCAUCCGGUCCACCCAGAUGUCAAGCUGCAGAGGCUGCCCUUCUACGACAUGCUGGACGAGCUCAUCAAGCCGACCAGCCUUGCAUCAGACAACAGCCAGAGGUUUCAGGAGACGUGCUUUGCCUUCGCCUUGACGCCACAGCAGGUCCAACAGAUCAGUAGCUCAAUGGACAUCUCCGGGACCAAGUGUGACUUCUCAGUUCAGGUGCAGCUGCGGUUUUGCCUUUCGGAGACAAGUUGUCCUCAGGAGGAUCACUUUCCUCCCAACCUGUGUGUGAAGGUCAACGGGAAGCCGUGCACCCUGCCGGGCUAUCUUCCUCCAACCAAGAACGGCGUGGAGCCCAAGCGGCCGAGUCGCCCCAUCAACAUCACCUCGCUGGUCAGGCUGUCCACCACCGUCCCCAACACCAUCGUGGUGUCCUGGACGGCGGAGAUCGGGAGGAGCUACUCCAUGGCCGUGUACCUGGUGAAGCAGCAGUCAUCCACAGUGCUGCUACAGAGACUACGAGCAAAAGGCAUCCGGAACCCGGACCACUCCAGAGCUCUCAUCAAAGAGAAGUUAACUGCAGACCCAGACAGUGAAAUCGCCACAACCAGCCUCCGCGUGUCGAUGCUCUGCCCGCUGGGGAAGAUGCGGCUGAUGAUCCCGUGUCGGGCCCUGACCUGCUCCCACCUGCAGUGCUUCGACGCCACGCUCUACAUCCAGAUGAACGAGAAGAAGCCGACCUGGGUUUGUCCCGUGUGCGACAAGAAGGCUCCGUACGAGCACCUCAUCAUCGACGGGCUUUUUGUGGAGAUCCUUAACAGCUGCAUGGACUGUGAUGAGAUCCAGUUUAAAGAGGACGGCAGCUGGGCCCCCAUGAGGUCCAAGAAGGAGUUGCAGGAGGUCUCUGCUGCUUCCUACAACGGGCUGGAUGGUCCAUGCCGGACGUCAGAGCAGCGGAGCUCGUCAUCGAGCCGCAGCGACGGAAGCAACAGCAAGAAGGUGGAAGUGAUCGACCUGACGCUGGACAGCUCGUCUGACGACGAAGGGCAGGACUCGCCGCCGCCGCUGCUCCCAAAGCGGUCGUGUCCCUCCAUGUCCCCGACGUCGCCGCCUAUCAUCAACAAAGGAGUGUUGAACCUGCACCACCAGGCGUCCCCUGUGAGCCGAACCCCCAGCAUGCCAGCGGUGGACACCGGCUACAUCCCCCCCGUGCCGCCGCUCAUCCAGGACUACAGGCCCUACUACCACAACGAGCUGUCAGAGCUGAACUUCUUCUCUUUCCUUCAAGGCGACAACCAUCAGCAUUAUAACAUGGUGAUGGCAGCAGCAGCUGCCGCAUCGGCCUCCGACGACCACGAGCUGCUCCUCAACCGCUUCCUGCCCUACGCCGCCUCCUCCUCCGCCUCCCAGCUGUUCCUUGACCAAUCAGGAGCCUCGUCUGCAGCCUCGUCGCUCGCCCUGCCCACAAACGGGACCAGCAACUCCAGCAGCAGCAGCUUGGUGUCGUCCGGCAGCCUCCGUGACUCGGGCUCCUCUCACACGCACCCUGGGGCGGCGGUGAAUCGAGGCGGCGCCGAAGCCGCUGUAGCAGCCAUUUAUGGUGGGAUACCGGACGUGAUCUCGUUGGACUGACUCUGAGAGUCCAGACUUCACUCAGACUCAGGCUGAAUCUAAAACCUGCUCCCACUGCUGGAGCACACAGAUAUUCUGCUCCAGGAACUAGCCUGCGCCGUACCAGUAGACUGGACUGGGCCGAGUACAGGUGUGGGGCCGGCGUGGACCCUCCUGCUUGUUUUUAUGAAGACACGGCGGCACCAUGUACAGAGAACAAAUCUAUUUUCCUCUUUUACUUUUGUAUGUGACACGGCGGCGGUCUAAUCACCAGACCAUAGACACGUCCCGUUGCCUCGGCUUUGACUCCUCCUCCAUGAUUCUGUAUCAGACACUGAACUUACACUUUAUUCCUUUUAAGUUAUGUAAGAUAUUGAAACAGUUGUGUGUUUAUUCAUUCCUUCUGAGCUUCAGGUUGAUUCUGCUCUUUUAAGGACAGCAUUUACGAAUGAAGGCUUUUAGACUAUUUAUAUUUGCAGAAUCCUGAGCUGGAAAAGUUUGGUUUAUUUUCUGUUUUGCACAAACACAUGGUACUUCUGAUGACGCUCCGGGUUCGGUGGCGUCAGUCGCGUCCCCUUCACCACAUUUAGCUGUCUCCUCUCGUGCUUUGUUCUUGGCUGUGAAGUAGAAGCCACUGCAGGGUUUUAAACGGUUUGUCUGGUCGGCUUCUAAGCGUUUCACUCUGGUUGUUCUGAUCCAGUGCAGCUUUAAAGCCACGCAGCCUCUGCAGGUUGACAUGCAGCCCAGCCCCAGCCUCACUUCCAGACUGGUCCCGGCCCCAGCCGACCCGGUCCCGGCCCGCGACGACCCGGUCCCGGCCCCAGCCUCACGUCCAGACUGGUCCCGGCCCGAACCCGGUCCCGGCAUCGGCCGACCCGGCUGUCCUGGGUCCCGGCCCGCGCCGAACUGGGUCCCGGCCUCACGUCCAGACUGGUCCCGGCCCGAACCCGGUCCCGGCCCGCGACGACCCGGUCCCGGCCCCAGCCUCACUCCAGACUGGUUGCUCUCACCAAGGCCAGAUAAUGAGUUGUGACGGGAGUCAAGGUCACCUGACAAGCUGCAGCAUCCAGCUGGGAGACUGCAGACAAGCCUCCUCAACCACCAAACCCCACCACCAGCACCCACGCCACCCCCCAAACACCCCCUUCCCCCACGCCGCCCUUGCUCUUUUGCUCAUUUUCUCCUUUAUUGCCAAACCGCAAUCAGCCGUAUGCUGGAAAAAGGCCUGUGUUUUCCUCGUGUUGUGCAGUAUUUUAUUUAUUUCAUAUUGGUAUUUCUAUAUAUUAUAUUUUUACACAUGCUUUGAUUUCUGUAGGAGCUGUUGUGUUAUGAUUUUAUUUAAUAUGAAUUUUAUUAUUUGUCGUUGAUCAUUGGAGACUCCCAUCGGCCUAUUUGUCUUUACUGGGAGCUGACACUGGUAACACAUUUUAGAGAAGACACCAAACACGCUUCAUUAAGUUUGUGUUCAGGAUCUAAAGUGGGAAAGAAUUUAGAAUCCUAAUAACAAGAGAAAAUGAAAGUCCCUGACUUUCAGGACAUCAUGUCUAAUCAUUUCCUUAGUGAUGAUCAAUACAUUUGCAGCUAGGAAAGAACAGCAGCUGAAUAUCCAACCCUUGAGAUGUCGCUGAUUUGGCUCAAAGGCAAUCACGGUUUUAAUUAUAUGCUUCAUGUGCAAUAAUAGAACAUUAAAUACAAUUAAAAAUCAUUUCAGUCAGAUUAAAUAGAUUCAAAAUGGCUGCAGUCAAACUGUCUCCCAUCGCCCUGGUAACCAACAGGUUGGUUUCCUGGUUACCUCUCAGACUGAAUAAAUGAAUACAUGUGAAUGUUUUAAAAGGGAACCAAUAAUUAAUAAGUGACUGACUUCGAUGCUUUUCUUAUUAGCUCAGCCCAAAUAUGAAAGGACCAGACGGAUGAGCUCAUGCCAAGAUGAGAGCGAUCACCUUUAAGUUUGUGUUUGUGCCUUUAGGAAGUGUUGCCUCCAGCUGCUGAUGCUGACGAAGUCGGUCCUUGGGUCAUGUUUGGUUUGUUGAGGUGAACGACCACGGCCCCUUUCUGUGCUUCACCUCUGUCAUUGCUGAGCUGGGUUUCUCUUGUCCACUCUGCAGCAAUUGGGCCUAUUUGAUGAGUUUUCCAGCAGAGGUGGAGCCGCUGCUGCCAUGUGCACAGUUCAUAUACGGCACUUCCCAAAACAAAGUGAUUCUUCUUUACCAGUUUACAGGUGCCAACAGCUCAUUUCACACAAAAGGGAAGACGUGUAUGUAAUUUCAGAUCCAAACGUGGUUGUUUGUCUGUUCCUAUGCUUUGUUGUGCGUCUGUUCAGAGUGAGAGAAUAAAUUUAAUUUAUAUCUAUUUUUUAAAAAUGAAAGCUGUACUAUUGGACUGUGGCCAAUAAUGAGUCUCACGCAAGUGAAAACAUUUCAGAGCCAGACUCGUGUUGACAUCUGCACACACUGCCUUAAAAUAUUCAGAGGUUCUGUUUCACAGCCCCCGAUCCAAGGAAACCCACGGAAGUCUUUUGGAGGAGGGAAGGAGAGGACAGUGUACAGCAGAGACGCGUCACUUUGUACAAACAUACCAAGUGAAAGAUAUUUAUUACCUGCAUCGGAGCAAAUUGUUUACUCUUUGAAUGUUACUGUUUAUGUAGAAAAGUGCAGAUGUAAUAAAAGGCAUUCAGGUA